UGAUCUCCUCCUUGUGUUUUCCUUUUUUCCGGGUUCAUUGCUUUGUGGAUUUUUCUAUUAAGGCUUAGUAAAUUGCUUGAAUUUUUCUAGUUUCUGAGAUGUUAUCGAAUUUGGGUUCUUCGAAUUGCAUCUGUGACGAAAACCCUCGAAUUCGAAAUGACGCAAGCUCUUUAUUAGUGAAUUGAGUUCUUCAUUUUUCUUUGAGAAUUGAGAUUUUUAAGAAUUUUAAGUGUUUGAUUGGUUUGCUCUGUAUUGUAUUGGCUGCUUUACAUUUGUAGGCUCUGUUCUGUGUUGUUCUUAAGGGAUUGAAUUGGGUUUUUGUUGAUUUUGGUUUUGAGACAACUAUCUAGAUUUUGAGAAUUAGCUUCAAUGGUUCUUGUUCAGUGUUUAGGGGAAUCAUAAAUAGUGGAAUGAGGGAGUUGUAUUUCUGUACUCUGUUCUGUUUCUUCAAGAAUUGUAGAGUUACAUUGUCGUAAUACGUUUGAGAUAGUAGUAAGAGGGAUUCAAUGAUGUGUUCUGUUUUACUGACCAAAAAAAUUCUAUUUCUUUGGAUAUUGGAUACCAAAAAGGGUUUUAGCCAGAUCCAUACAAUGGUUGGAAGAAGAGUGUCACAGGCUCUAACUUCUGAUGAUGCACAGUCAUACCUCUCUGAUGUGAAGGAAGCAUUUCAUGAUGAACCUUCAAAAUAUCAAGAGUUUAUCAAUAUCUUGAAUGGUAUUCGGGAGCUUAGUGUCGAUAAAGAUAGCAUCGUUGAAAGGGUUGAGGAACUCUUGGAAGAUCAUCAGGAUCUGCUUCAUGGUUUCCAUGUCUUCCUUCCUGAUGAGGCUAAGAGAAACAAGCAUCCUCAUACCAAAAAGAAACAUGCUGAUGUAGAGGAGUUUAUGAACAACCUUAAGACAAGGUUUAAGAGCAUUGAUAAAGAUGUAGUGGUGACGUUUUGCAUGGUAAUGACUAGGUUCAAAGAGGGACGUAUGUCUGUAAAGGAGUUGCAGGAGGAGGUCAUUGAUACUCUGUAUUAUCAUGAAGAUUUGAUCGAGGAGUUUCUCAGAGUUUUCAAAAAGAAGGAGUUUGUAAUAUCAGCAGCACAAAAGCUACAUGACAAGAUUUGUAAAUAAACGACAAUUGAGUGUAUAGUUUAUUUUCUUUCUACAGAGGUUUUAGUGUUUUUAGUUCGAUGCUCAUUGCACUUGUGUUUUUUUGUUAUUAAAAUUGUUGAUUUUCACCUAGAAGAGAUUAGUAUUAUCACAAAUCUCGAAAAGCUUAUUUUGUUUGUGCUGAACUUAAUCGAAUAGUGCCUUCUUUAUUU